AUGUCGGGUCGUCUUGAUACGCGUACUUCCGCAGAAGCCCGCAAGAAGCGCCGAAGGGUCACUGACGAGAAUCGCAAACGAGCCGCUCGAGCGGAAAGAUCGCCUUCACCUUUGUCGGCAUCUACAGAGCCUUCAACAUCGCAAGAGUUACCCCAUGCUAAGAGCCCCACGCAGGAUCUUCUUGGGACCACCGCCCCAUCACAAAACCAUGAACUUUUCUCGCCUGCUUCCGAGGUAUCACAAGGACUUUCCAGGCAUGUCGUUGCCGAUCAAACGAAGAAAGUCUUAUGGCCUGCCUUUCUAUCUCGGCUUCGAGAAGCAUUUUCGCUUGAUACACAGGCCGCCAUAGGGGGACAUGAUAUGGCUGCUUUGCAAGCAUCGCCCGAGAGAACUCCGCCCCCCCUGAACUUGUCAGACUUCGAGCUGCGGUUUUCCCCCCCUAGGCAAGUGGCGGACUUCCUUAUCUCGGUAUUCAUAAACCAUGGCACGGACUCAUUCUUCUAUCUUGACCAAAAUCAAUUUUUAUCAGAGCUUGAUCAGUACUAUACAAACCCAGCCUCGCCGUUGAGAUGGGAUGCUGGCUUCGUCUGUCUUGCAAUGGCCUCAUUUGCUCUGGGAAGCCAAUGGACUCCGUUAGAAAGACCGGAAACCUCAUCGGUCAGCCAUUUGAAGGAAAACCUGGAUGUCGGACGCCAUUUUUACCGACACGCAAAGGCCCUCGUACCCGAUAUUAUCGAAAAGCCUUGUAUACGAUCUAUACAAGCUGUGUUUGUCCUCGGUGUUUACUUGAUGCCAGCGAGUGCGAUCGGCUCUUCUUACGUAUACAUGGGUCUGGCCCUUCGAAAAGCAUUAGCAGCAGAUCUUCAUGUUCAAUCCGAGGACAUAGAAUUGGGCGAGGUGGAAAGGGAAGUGAGGCGCCGCUUGGUAUGGUCAAUAUAUUCUCUGGAGAGGUGCACAUCUAUCAAGCUCAAUAGACCUCGCUCAAUCAGUGCGGAUGUAAUUACUAUUCCCCUGCCAGCACCCUGUGAGCCAUUCGAUCGGGUCCAGAAGUAUGACAACAUCAAAUUCCAGAUGGCGUAUACUCGGUUCAUACUUAUUUUUGACCGGAUAGCAGGUUUAAGUGGUGAUUUGGGAAUGCAGGAACGUGACAGGACGAGACUCGAAGCGGAUCUCAAGAAUUGGAAAAAAUCACUUCCAUCCGAUUUCCAUUUGGAGCACAUGCCCAAAUCCCCCGAGUAUCGCACAAUCUUCCAUCUCCAUAUCAACUAUUACUAUGCAUGGAUUAGCCUGGGUAAAGUGGCGCUGGUCACAGCUGCUCGAAGUCGACUGCGUCAGAUUCUCGAUCCUGAUUCUGGGUGCGUCGAGGUCGGUGCCAAUAUUCGAAGGCUAGCUCAAGUCUGUACAAAAGCCGCUCGAAAAAUGCUGGCACUCUUUGAAAGUCUUUCCCGAACGAACAAUAUCACCCGCUUCUCUUUCACAGAUUUCCAAGCUUGCAGUAUCGCCACCAUUGUCACUUUGAUUGCGGGUAUCCUGGAUCGGGACGUUGGCUACGAAAGCCGAGUGAAGUUAGGGUUCGAGUGUCUCGUCGAAAUGGCCAAGGGAAAUACGACGGCCAAGCUAGGCGUCAAGUUCGUACAGGCUGUCCAGUCGAUCACAAACGAGGCUGCUGAGAAGCUACGCCGCGCAACUGUCUCGACCGAGAACUCGGUAGGCACGAGUUCAGGAUCUGAAUAUAACCAAUGGGCAGCCUGGAUAGCUGUGCAAGAGCGAGCAGAAGAUGAUCAAGAGCUCAGCUUGAGGGCGGGAAUGUCAGUCAAUGUUGCUAGUCGACAAGCGGAGCUUUGGCAGGAUCUGCAGCCGGCAGCUGGAAUACCGUGGGAAACAGAUGCGUUGUCUCUUGGGGCCAUGGCACAGUCCAAUUUUGCAGAUCAAGCGAUGGGUCGACCGCUCGCCAAUUUAUCGACAGAAGAUGGAUUUUUCACAGGGUUCCAAGGCGAUGAAACAUUUCUAAUGGGUUUAACUGGAUUGGACUCUCUGGAUCUGUAG